AUGGAUGAUAUAGUUAUAGAUGAAUCCAGUUCAGAUUCAAGUGCUUUGAAUUGCCCUCCCCCUAUGCCUACACAAAAACGGCAGAAUUUAAUUUGUAGCAAUUGUAAUACUACGAUUACUACGCUUUGGAGAAGAAAUAAUAAUGGGGAACCUGUUUGCAAAAAACGAAAGCCUAGAAAUGGAACUCUGAGCAAAAGAGAAAAGAAAGCACAACAAGUUGCUAAUUUAUUCGAACAAACUCAACAACAACUAAAUGAAUUUAAUUUUAAUGAUAUAAAAUUCAAACAAGAACAACAACAACAUUAUUACCCCUCAUAUUAUGUAAAUACAACAAUUGGAGAAAUGAACAUCGAAAAACAAAUAAAACAAGAAGGAGGCGGAGUCCCAACAUCAAUUAAAGUUGUAAGUUUGGAAGAAGAAAACAAUUAA